CCUGGGACGGGGCUACGUCACUUCCUCUCAAGCUCGGCGUUUCGCCGGUGGGUACCCACAGCAGGUCAACAUGCGUAUCGAGAAAUGUUAUUUCUGUUCGGGGCCCAUCUACCCGGGCCACGGCAUGAUGUUCGUCCGCAACGACUGCAAGGUGUUCAGAUUCUGUAAGUCCAAAUGUCAUAAAAACUUUAAAAAGAAGCGCAAUCCUCGCAAGGUCAGGUGGACUAAAGCAUUCCGGAAAGCAGCUGGUAAAGAACUUACAGUGGAUAAUUCAUUUGAAUUUGAAAAACGUAGAAGUGAACCUGUCAAAUACCAGCGAGAGCUGUGGAAUAAAACCAUUGAAGCAAUGAAGAGAGUUGAAGAGAUCAAACAGAAGCGCCAGGCUACAUUUAUAAUGAACAGGUUAAAGAAAAAUAAAGAGCUACAGAAAGUUCAGGACAUCAAAGAAGUCAAGCAAAACAUCCAUCUUAUCCGGGCUCCCCUUGCAGGCAAAGGAAAACAGCUGGAAGACAAAAUGGUACAGAAAUUACAAGAGGAUGUGGAUAUGGAAGAUGUGUCUUAAAAAUCUCACUGUAACCGUUUCUAGAUGUGCAUUUAAAAACUCCUUUGAAGAUUUGGAACUUCUGAAUGAUUGAUUUAUUUUUUAUAUAAGGUCACUCAGAUGUGAUUAAAAGUACAUGUCUCUUCCAUUACUAUCUGUAAAACAUCAGGUGUUACGGAUGUUUGAUUAUAUCUCAGUGUUAAACCUUCACUGAUAGAUAUACUUAUGUAAAUCACGAAAAUUCUGUUUAUAAUUACAGAAGUGAACUGUGAGCAUAAAAUGGUCUGCAUUUGCAUAAUGGCACUACACGCCUUUCUGUAGUGACAAAAUUCAUGGCUAAUGAUAUAGAAAAUAAAAUUUUCUUUGCAGUAAA